CAAGAAUCAAAAUGUCUCUUGCAAUAGCAUUGGUAAACUGACCCCAAGACCUGCUAAUGCCCACCAUGCAUCACUAAAGAUGCAGCUUGGCGUUCGCUCCUCGCUCACGUUAUAUGUACAUGUCUUCGUGUCUCUGUUCAUGGUGUUAUACAGGCCUCUGUCCGCUCCAGGAUGUCCUCUUCUCCGCUUUUGGCACGUGUCCGUGGCUAGUUCUUCGCGUCGCGAAGGGUGUUGAGACUUCGGUAUUGGCGCUGCAACAUGGUGGGUGUUCGGUUGAUUCUGCUGAAAGCCUCGGUGGCAAUGGGCGAGCUGUCCGUUCGGAUCGUGGUACCGAUGGCCAUGAAGAAGCCAAAGGUCGCGGCUGAUCCCAUCAUGUACUGUCCCAAUGUUCGCAGCAUUCCGUUUGGCCCGGGACCGAAGCGGACAAUAUUGGUGAAGCCGAAUAUGAAGCCAAUGAUGAGGCCGACGGAUCCACCCAUCAUGCCACCCAUCUUCAGCUUGUCAAGUGUAGACGGGCCACGCGCCCCUUGCGGCAUGGACGAAACAGGUACCGGCAUACUGAUUGCUACGCUGUGAACCUUUAAUCGAGCAAAUGCGGAGAAGAAACUCGG